CGGCCGUGUGUUGUCCCGCUGUGUGGUUCCCUCUCACUCAACGUGCAGUUCGCGAGGCUGUCGGGACUAGCUCAACACCGCCUCCGUCCGAGUCGACGACGCUCGUGCGACACUUUCUUCUCCAAACAGCAGAGAGGAUGAAGAGGAGGCCACCUGGCCGGGGGUGCAGUUGUUAAUCAAGAGGAAGAAGCUCUGGCAGCCUCCCCAGCUCCGCCUGCAGCCGCCGCUCGCCAUGAGUUAGCCGGAUCCCACGGAGCCCCGCGUCCCACGGCGCCGCCCGCCCCGACCCAUGAGCCAGCGGGACGCGGCUGAGGUCCUCGCUCUCUCCGAGCGCCUCCUCGUGGCGGCGCACAAGGGCCACGCCGACAACGUGGUGCAGCUCAUCAACAAGGGCGCCAAAGUAGCCGUCACCAAGUAUGGCCGGAGCCCUCUUCACCUGGCCUCCUACAAAGGUCACAUCGAGGUCGUGCGUAUCCUCCUCAAAGCCGGCUGCGACCUCGACAUCCAAGACGACGGCGAGCAGACGGCGUUGCAGCGAGCCGCCGUGGUGGGAAACGGCGACAUCAUCAGCGCCCUCAUCCAGGAAGGGUGUGCACUGGACAGACCGGACAAGGACGGCAACGCGGCGCUCCACGAGGUCUCCUGGCACGGCUUCAGCCAAUCGGUGAAGGCGCUGGUGAAGGCCGGCGCCAACGCGCACGCCAAGAACAAGGCAGGAAACACGGCGCUGCACCUGGCCUGUCAGAACGCUCACGCUCAGAGCUGCAAGGUGCUGCUGCUCGGCGGCGCCCGGCCCGACAGCAAGAACCACGCGGGGGACUCGUGUCUGCACGUGGCGGCGCGCUACAACCACGUGGCCGUGAUCCGCCUCCUGCUGGGAGCCUUCUGCUCCGUGUCAGAGAAAAACGUGGCUGGGGACACGCCGCUGCACGUGGCUGCUGCUCUGAAUCACAAGAAGUCGGCCCGUCUGCUGCUGGAGGCCGGAGCCGAGAGCAACGUCUGCAACAACGCAGGUCAGACGGCUCUAGACCAGGCCAGAGAAAACAACAACCCAGACGUGGCUCUUCUAUUGACCAAAGCUCCCCAGAGUUUUGUGCGUGGCAGGACUGCGAGGAAGAGGAGGGACAAGCUGAAGGCCGAGGGCAGAGCUCAGUCUGUGCCCCGAGACGAGAUGCUGCCCCGCAAGGACAGCGCCGCGGACGACACGCAGAGCAGCGACCACGCCGCCUGCCCACACGGCGAGACGGCGGACAGGAACGACAAGCAGAAACCGUCUUUGUCCGCGCCGCGGCGAAACGCGCCGAGAGCGGCGGCUCCCGAGCCCGGGCGCCACGACGGCGACGCCCCCCCGGAGCCCGGCUCGGCCAACCACUACUUUGUGGUUAAUGUGGAGAACUCUCCAGACGGCGAUAAGACUCACAAUGAUGAUGUCACCGCUCCUGCGGCCGCCAGGAUCCCCCCGUCGUCUGUCCAGGUGGUUCGGCCCAAGGAGCGUCCCGGGAUCUGCGCUGACGCCCAGAGGGAGAACCAGGACCUGCCGGACUUGGACGACGGCGGCGCGAGAGGGGGCGGGAACCAGAGAGCCGGCAGCCUGUCUCCGGCCGCAGAGCGCCGCCACAGCAGCAGAACCGAAGCCGCCGCCGCCGGGCCCAGGGACCGGGAGCGGGGGCGGGACCGAGGGGGGCGCCACAAGAAGCAGAGCAGGACCAAGUCCAGGGGGCCCGCGGGGGUCAGGACUCUGGAGGUCUUUGAGGACCGGCCCGGCGGACCCUCUUUUGCUCAGGAGCGGGACAACGCCCAAGAGGUGACGCAGUACUUCUUCGAGGCGGUGUCGGCGCAGAUGGAGCGCUGGUACCAGAGGAAGGUGGAGGAGGCCCGAUGGCAGGCCGACCAGAAGGCCGAGGCCGACCGCGCCGCGCUGCUGGAGCGGGUGUGCAGACAAGCCGAGGACACGCAGACAAGACGACCGGCUGUUACACCAGAGGAGAAAUCCACCGACGUGACGGAGAUCCACACGGUGCAAAACCUGAUGAACGGCAAGCUGGGCCAGCUGGACCGCCGGAACCAACACCAGAUCCGAGCCCUGGACAAGAUGGCGGUGGAGCGCGUGUCGGCCGAGAGGUCCGAGUGUCUGCAGAGGACGGAGCGGCGAGUCCAGCAGGAGCGGCUGGAGGCGGAGAGGAGACAGGCGGUUCUGGCCGGCGAGCUGAAGAGCUGGUGUCUGUCCAAGCUGCACAACACGGACCUCCGGUUCACCGGCGCCACGCCGCGGCGUUCCUCCUCCGCGGCCGAGAGCGACGGCUCCCGGAGCCCGGAGCGCCACGACGGCGACGCCCCCCCGGAGCCCGGCUCGGCCAACCACUACUUUGUGGUUAAUGUGGAGAACUCUCCAGACGGCGAUAAGACUCACAAUGAUGAUGUCACCGCUCCUGCGGCCGCCAGGAUCCCCCCGUCGUCUGUCCAGGUGGUUCGGCCCAAGGAGCGUCCCGGGAUCUGCGCUGACGCCCAGAGGGAGAACCAGGACCUGCCGGACUUGGACGACGGCGGCGCGAGAGGGGGCGGGAACCAGAGAGCCGGCAGCCUGUCUCCGGCCGUAGAGCGCCGCCGCGGCAGCAGAACCGAAGCCGCCGCCGCCGGGCCCAGGGACCGGGAGCGGGGGCGGGACCGAGGGGGGCGCCACAAGAAGCAGAGCAGGACCAAGUCCAGGGGGCCCGCGGGGGUCAGGACUCUGGAGGUCUUUGAGGACCGGCCCGACGGACCCUCUUUUGCUCAGGAGCGGGACAACGCCCAGGAGGUGACGCAGUACUUCUUCGAGGCGGUGUCGGCGCAGAUGGAGCGCUGGUACCAGAGGAAGGUGGAGGAGGCCCGAUGGCAGGCCGACCAGAAGGCCGAGGCCGACCGCGCCGCGCUGCUGGAGCGGGUCUCGUACCUGGAGGACGAGCUGCGCAUGCUCAGGACUAGCAGACAGCACGACUGCUGACACACACACACACACACACACACACACACACACACACUUAGAUUUAAAGCGGUCGACAUCUUGAUCCAACAUCGUUCUGGAGGCCGCACCCUAAAUGACUUUGUGCCACGAUGAGAAGAAACGUGUAAACCGAUUUAAUUUGAUUAUUUAUGACUAAACUGACUAUUUAAAACCUGAAUGUUCAUUUUUUCAGUAACAAUGACUGAUUUAUUUUUUAUUGAUGCUGCCCAUAGAAUAUACACACACACUUCGACAUUGUUUAAAUAGUAUUUUAGAAGUUUAUAACAAAUUCAUUAAUAUGAAAAAUAACUGUUUUAAGUUGGCAUUUAAGAUCUUUUUUGUUUUAAUCCUUGACAACAUUUCUUUAAAUCCCUGACUUUAUUUUGACUUAUUUAAAAAGGGAACUCAUAAACUAGAGGAUUUCUAUGACUAUUUAAAAAAAGAAAAGAAGCAAAAAUACCAUAAAGCCCGAUUGCAGUUCCUUUAAUGAGAGGAUUUGCUGCUUUAAAGAAAUAUAUAAAAAUGUUCUGAGUCUUUACAGACAAAAAGAUGAAAGAAGUUGGAGCCAAACAAGCGCACCCUGAACCCUGAACCGACUGGUGUCCCUGAACGUCUCGUGGUCUCCAGUCCCUGACGGGGAGACAGAAGAGAUGACGUUGUGUUGAUGUCUGAUCACAUGUUGGUUAGGUUUACAUUUGAAUGCUGAACUCUGUAUGAUGACAACACAUUUUGUAUAAAAAAAGAAGAUUGAA